AUGCGCUCGCUCCUCCUCCUCCUCGCGCUCGGGUCCGCCCAGGCCGAAGAAAAAUGGACGCACCUUCACACCUGGCUCUCCCCCGAAGACUCCCAGUUGACGAAGGACACGCAGUUCCGCGCCAAGCCCCCCGCGGACGAUGACGAUCCCGUGACGAUCCCGUGGAAGAUCCGGGCGUCGGGCCCCGUCGGCCGGAACUACGAGUUCCGCAUCGAGAUGUAUCGGUCCCAGGGGGGCUGGGAUGAUGAGACGAACUCCGUGAUCAUCAACCCGGACUUAGACGCACUCAUCGCCACGAAGAUCCUGAAGGGCGUCGUCCCGUCCACGCCGAUCAUCUUCGACGUCGGCGGCGACGGCGACUGCGCGUGGUGCGACUGCCCCGAGUAUCCCGACGACUGCGAGUGCGCGAUCGACGACGUGGCCAGCACAUGCCAGAGCGGCAGCGGCCAGGCGCCGAACAUGAAGCUGCCGGACGUGGCGCCCGGCGGCGGCAGCUGGGAGACCUACUUCAAGGACGAUGAACUCGAGAAGGGCAUCCACAUCUACGCGGUGACGACGAACCUCGAGGACGGCGUGUUCCUGGAGAACCGCGACGCCGGAGACGGCUGGCAACCGGAGAGGCGCGAGAUCCUGCUCUACUACGACGACUUCCUGCCCACGGGCGCGCCGACGGUGCCCCCGACCGCGACGCGCGCGCCGACGGACGCGUGGCUCGCCGCGGACAACUACUUCCAGCAGACGCCGGCGCAGCUGCCCUACGGCGUCGUCGGCGGCGUCGCCUACACGCACGUCUACUACACGGGCGACGCCACGGGCGAGGCGCCGCGGCUCAACAACCUCCGCGUCGUCGACGCGCUGAACGAGGGCGACGACUACGAGCGCUUCCUGCCGGACGACGUCAAGUGCGUCGCGGCGAACGAACUCGACGUCGAGGGCGCGGACGCGCAGACCAUCCACGGCUGCGUCGUCACGUGGGAGGUCACGCAGGGGGACUACGACUUCGCCCGGAGCGCGCGGCGGCUCGGCGACGCGCCGGCCGCCGGCGACGCGCGCGCGCGGCGCCUCGAGACGCUCGACGACUACGAGGCCGAGGCGACGCCGCCGGCGCUCAGGCUCAUGUUCAAAGAGACGCGCCGCUUCAAGGCGGACUUCGCCACGGCGAACUUCGGCGUCGCGACGCGCUACGCCGCGAACCUGCCGACGUCGUCGCCGACGCUCGCGCCGACGACGUCGGCGCCGACGGCGGCGGGCCAGAAGGGCAAGAACGCGCCCACGGCCUACGGCGACGGCGUCAACCUGGGCCUGCCCGACCUCUGCGUGCCCGGCGGCACCUGCACCUUCGACGUCAUCCUCCCCGAGGAGGGGCUCCACGUCGACCUCCUCGUCGAGGCGAAGCGCGCGGACGGCCAGCCGAACGUCGCGAAGAUCGGCCAGCCGACGUGGCUCCUCCUCGCGGGCCACGAGGCCCGGGGCCGCCACCUCGCCGUGACCUGGACCGUGCCCGAGGCCGGCCACCACGGCAUCCCCGAGGGCCAGUACCGGCUCCGGUGCAUCGUCUGGGAGAUGGGCGUCGACGUCACGUCCGGCAAGUACGACGGCGCGCCGUCGGGGGGCGACACGAGGGGCGAGUUCCCCGUGGGCUUCCUCAAGCCGACGGUCGCGCCCACGGCCGAGCCCACGCGCGACACGCUGUCCCUCCGCGUCCUCUCGCGGGACCGGGACUUUGGCGACACGAUUCUGACGGGCUCUUCGAAGGGCCAGCCCGUCAGGAGGGACACGGACCUCGGCAGAGGCGGCGGGCUCGUGCCCGGCGAGCGGCUCACGUUCGAGCUCUCCUACACGGGCUCCGAUCGCGACACGAACGGCGCCGUCGUCAUCUCGCUCUGCCGGUCCACCUGGGGCGACGACCCCAUCUACGGCGAGGACCGGCGCCUCGGCGCCGUCGACGGCGAGCGCCUCGUCGACCGCCGGCUCCGCGACAACGACGCGUCCGGGAGCCGCCUCUACAAGGAGUCCUCCGGCUCCACGGACACCUUCUUCGUCGACGAGACGCUCAAGCCGGCGGACCAGUGCGUCGACAGCCCCGUCUGGCGCGCGGGCGACGACGACCCAGACGCUCAAGACGCCCGCGACUGCCGCUGGGCCGGCGAGCGCUACGCGUGCGAGACGCCCGGCCGCUACGCGGAGUACCCGCCGGGCGCGUGCUACGCCUACGCGGGCGUGCUCUGGGCCGACGCCGACUGGCCCACCCCCCACGAGCACGAGACGACCUGCGCCUGCCACGCGACCUGCGCGUCCUGCGGCUACGUGUCGGAGGACGGCAAGGCCCCCUCCGCUUCGUACCAGUGCCUCUCGUGCAAGGAGGGGCCGCUCGCCGACGCCGACGGCGACGGCGUCGGCACCUGCGGGGUGCCCGUGGAAGGCGCGGCCGCCACCGCCGCGGAGGCCUGCCCCCUGAGCUGCGACCCCGACUGCGUCUACCUGCUCAAGCACAAGCAGGCGACGGACGACUGCCUCGGCGACGCGCGCUACGCGCUGUGGAAGACGGCCGUCGACCAUCAUCUCGCCCCGCCAGCCCUCAAAACCUACGAAGUCGACAAGGACUUCGACGACACCAUGCUCUACGACGUGGAGCUGCCGCGGGACCUGCCGAGCGGCCACGCCUACUACUUCGUCUACGCGGACACGGUCAACAAGGCCGCGAACUUCGACGCGACGGGCCUCGUCCAAAAGGUCACGACGACGGUCUCGGGCCUCACCUGCCAGAAGUGGACGGAGCAGAGCCCCUGGACCCACGUCCACACGCCGGGGAACUACCCGGACGCGGACCUCGGCGACCACAACGAGUGCCGCGACCCCGACGGCUCGGGCCAGGCGUGGUGCUACACGACGAGCCCCGCCGUGCGCCGCGAGUUCUGCGACCCGGACCUGACGCGCAAGGCCUGGCUCGACGCGCUCUACGCCACGGACUUCUUCAUGGUCGAGGACUACGCGCCGACGCACGCGCCGACGUACCGGCCGACGGAGGCGCCCAUAAACCCGCCGUCCGCGGAGCCCACGCUCGCGCCCGUCUUCAAGCCGACGCCCUACCCGACCUAUUUGCCGACGAAGCUCUGCACCAUCGAAUUCCCCAACGCCGAGGACUUUUACUGGCGCGCGGGCUCGCGCGUGUCGUUCCGCGUCCGCGUCUGCGACGACCACAACGACCAGAAGCGCGGCUACUCCUACGACUUCGGCUACGGGUUGUUGGACGUCCUCCUCUACAAGGGCAGCGAGCUCUACGACGUCGUCGUCGCCUACGCGACGAUGGAGACGGGCGACAAGUACUACGUGGACUACGACGUGCCCGCGGCUUUGGAGCCCGGCCACGACUACAAGCUCCGGGCCAUCGAGUACACGCGCGGCUACGACGAGGAGUCCGUGACCUUCCCCGUCAACGACAACCUGGACUACGAGCCGAGCACGUCGCCGACGCCGGCGCCGUCGCACACGGGCCUCGCCAUGGUCCUCCGGAAGAAGGACAAGGGGUCGCAGCCCGGGACCCUGAUCCUCACGGGCCCCGGCGCGGGCUUCCCGAACAGCGUCGCGCCCGGCGAGCAGGUCACGCUCACGCUCGCGUUCACGGGCCGGAGCCGCGACCAGAAUGGCUUGAUGGUCGUCCAGCUCUGCCGGGGCGCGCGAGACUCCACGUGCGCGCCGGCGUACCCGCCGGACGACUCGGGCCGCGGCACGGGCGCCGCUUCCAACAAGAUCGGCUUCGUGAAAGACGUCAGCGUGAGCAAGACGGCGGGCACGGAGAAGGUCGUCACGUUCACGAUCCCCGAGGGCAUCGCGCCGGGCGACGACUACCGGUUCAUGGCGCGGGACCGCGGCGCGAUGUACGACACGCGGCCGCUCUACAAGGGCGCCGAGGCCGGCAAGUUCUACGAGUUCGUCCAGGUCUCCGACUCCUUCGUCGUCGCCUACUACGCGCCGACGCCCCACCCGUCGCCCCAACCGACGCAGCGGCCGACGACGCCGCGGCCGACGGCCGCGACGGUCGUCUUCGACCCCGCGCCGCGGUCGUGGAUCGUCGGGAAGCGGGAGACCGUGGCCCUCAAGGCCACGGGGCCCCGCGACCGCGCCGUCGUCGACGUGCUCCUCUACGGCUGCGCCGUGGUCACGGCCACGCCGGGGCCGAGCGCCUGCGUCUCCAGCGGCGCGCCGAACACCCAGGCGACGCUCCUCGCGACCGUCGCGCGCUACGCGUCGUUCGACGGGUCCCGCGACUUCGCCUACGACGUGCCCUGGGACCUCGUGGCGGCGACGGCCUACAAGGGCUUCUUCCUGCGCGUCGUCGAGUACGCGCGCGGCGUCGACGUCUACUCCGACGACUUCUCCGUCGGGUAUACUCCGCAGCCGUCGCCCGAGCCUUCGCGCGCGUCCUCUUCGCCGACGCCGCGGCCGACGCGCCGGGGCCUCAACGUCGACGUCGUUGCGGCGCGCGAGCUCUCGCCGGGCGACGAGGCUGAGGUGACCUUCUCCUACGCGGGCGCGCACGACGGCGCGUCCGUCGUCACGCUGGGCGUCUGCAAGAAGGCGCACGCGGACGAGUCGAUGGCGUCCGGCGGCUGCGCGGGCGACUCCGCCGUCGUCCUCGAGUACGGCAUCGACGUCGCCCCGGGCGCGGACACGGUCAAGACGGUGGAGAUCCCGGCGGCGCUCGUCGACGGCGACCGCUACGUCUUCUACGCCGUCGACGUCGUCAACGAGUACGCCGUCGACACGCACGCCUUCAAGUUCCGCGCGGUCAGGCCCACGCCGGCGCCCACGCUCAAGCCCACGGCGGCGACGCUGGGCUUCCCGGACCUGCCGCUGCACGUGAAGCCGGGCGAGACGCUCGAGCUCGCCGUCGCGUUCUACGACGACCCGGAGCUGGCGCCGGACGAGUCGCGCAUGGACUGCGUGCUCUACAAGACCGAGGACCUGGCCUCGACGACCGCCGCCUACGUGGCGCCCGUGCUCGUCAUCGGCGAGUACGUCGAGGUCACGCCGAAGACGACGGCGCUGGCGAUGCGCGUCGCGGUGCCGGAGACGCUCGAGCAGCGGCGCUACGCGGUCCGCUGCGUCGACACGCUCCGCGGCUUGGACGUCGCGUCGGGCGCCGACAUCGGCGUCUUCGACGAGGAGCCGAAGCCGUCGUCGGCGCCGACGAAGGCCGUCAAGCCCACGCCCCGGCCGACGGUCGAGGAGACGGUCGUGGUGGUCCAGCGAGAUCCGCAGGAGCCGCUCGCCUACGGCGCGGACGACGCGCUAGUGGUCGGCGCGGACGUGACGCUCGUCGUCGUCGCCUACGGCGGUGACGCGCACGUCGUCACCGUGCGCAUGUGCGUCAAGAAGCGCCUGGACUCGGGCCGCGACUUCACCGCGCAUCUCCGCGACGCCGCGGACGUCGAGUGCGACGCCAAGAAGCCCAUCGAGACGCUCAUCGUCGACGCGUCCGUCGGUAACACGGCGCUGGACGUGCCCUACACCGUGCCCGCGACCUUCCUCGGCCGCGACGACGUCGUCUUCGAGAUCUCGGACGCGACGCGCCGCGACGUGCGAUUCACCGACGUCUUCGGCGUCUUCGAGUUCGCGCCCUCCCGCAAGCCCGUCUACGCGCCAUCGGCCGCGCCGACCUACGGGCCGACGCCGAAGCCGACGCUCCACCCGGCGCCGGCGCCGACGGAGGCGGGGCUGAGUUUGGUCGCGCGCGAUCCGCUCCUCGUCAAGGGCGCUCGCUCUUCGGUCCGGCUCCGCCUCGUGGGCCCCAUGGCCCGCGGCGACGCGCUCGUCGACGUCGUGGUCCACGACGCGGCGUUGUCGGCGACGGGCACGGACGCGCUCGCCGUCAUCGCCGCGGGCGAGGCCUUUGACGGGUCGCGGUCCUUCGACUUCGACGUGGCUCCCGACUGGCCCGCGUCGGUCGAGGUCCGCGCGUACGACCACGUCCACGGCUACGCCGCCGUCGUCGAGCUCCCCGUCAUCGACGCCUACGCGCCGACGCCGCGGCCCACGGACGAGCCCGGCGCGACGCCGCGGCCCACGGGCGGUCCCACUCCUUCCCCUACUACCCCGGUGCUCGCGGUCGAGCUCCUCACGGAGGCCGACGAGGCGCCGGAGCUCGGCGCGGGCCGCGUCAACGCCUUCGUCGCGGGCGCCAGGGCGAAGCUGACCAUGGCCUACGUCGGCCGGCUCGCGUCCGUGCCCGCCGUCGCGUCCGUGCGCGUCUGCUACCGCGACCGGCCGCGGAUCGCCGCCUACUACGACUCCCUGGCCGAGAACGGCCUCGGCGAGUGCGACGGCGCGGUGCUGCUCGCGUCGGCGGUCAAGGUGCCCGUCGGCGGCGCGUCGGUCUACGUGGCGCUCCCGCCGACGCCCGAGGGCCGAUUGCACGCGUCGCUCCGCGUCGAUUCCGCGCCCGACCGGUCGACGUUCUUCGAGCUGGGGGCCGACGCGCCGUCGGACCGCGACGUCGUCCGGGACCGCCUCGUCUACGAGUCGAUGACCUUCGACGUCGUCGCCGACGCGUCGGAGCUGUCCCUCGACCCCGCGUCGACGUGGCUCAAGAAGGGCACGAAGGCCGACGACUGCGACUGGGUCGCGUUGAACACGGCCGAGCGCUGCGUCAAGCAUGAUGAAGAUGGCACUCUCGCCACCGAGGGCUGCCCCAACACCUGCGCCGACUACGAGCCGCCGGCGCCGACGGCGGCGCCGAGCCUGCCCUGGCCCACGCCCGCGCCGAACACGGCGCCGCCGACGGCGCGGCCGACGCCGGACCCGACCCCCAUGCCGACGCUCCACAUGCCCACGCCGGCGCCCGUCACGGAGGAGGUCCUCGUCGAGCGGGCCUGCCAGGCCGACAUCGACGCCUGGACCGCCUGCGUCGAGGCCGCGGGCGUCGACCUCGACGCGCUCGCCGCGAACGCGACGGAUAGCGCGCCCGCCGUCGAGGGCGGCUUCCCGGCGACCGAGACGGUCACGUGCGAGGCGCUGCAGGCCUCGGAGGAGUGGCUCGCCGAGUGCGUCCACCCCCUCGAGGACGCGGACUGCGGCGCCGAGUGGGAGGCCGCGACGGAGUGCGAGUGGAACGCGAUCGCGACGGACCUCCUCGGCGACGACUGCGCGCUCUCGUGCGUCGGCGCGUUCGCCGGCGCGAUGCCCAAGUCCUUCAACAAGUCCCCCCGCCACGCCCUCGCCGCGCGCCUCCGCGACCAGGCCCGCCUCUGAACUCCCCCUCCCCCCCCUUUCCCCGAUCCCAUCCCGCCCUACUCCCUCUCUCCCCGUAAGGACUUCUCUCUC